AUGUCUACGGGAGUAGAGAGGCAUGCCAAUUUCCCGGCACAAGCUGCUGCUGUUGCUGCUGCUGCAACAAUGGCGUCUGGGGCGGACGAUCCGAAGGCCCGACCCGGAUGCUACAGCCCGGUGUCGAUGGACCACGUGUUGGCCGCCCUGCGGGAGACGAAGGAGGAGAGGGACUCGAGAAUCCGAAGUUUGUUCAGCUUCUUUGAUUCCAACAACGCUGGGCACUUGGAUUCCGCCUUGAUCGAGAAGGGGCUGUCGGCAAUGCAAAUCCCUGCGGAUUACAAGUUCGCCAAGGAGCUUCUGAAGGUGUGCGACUCGAAUCAGGAUGGGCGGGUCGAUUAUCAGGAGUUUAGGAAGUAUAUGGAUGACAAGGAACUGGAAUUGUACAGGAUUUUCCAGGCAAUCGAUGUGGAGCACAAUGGGUCCAUUUCGCCUGAGGAAUUGUGGGAUGCUCUUGUCAAGGCUGGGAUAGAAAUCGACGACAACGAGCUCGCCAGCUUUGUCGAGCACGUUGACAAGGACAACAAUGGCAUCAUCACUUUUGAGGAGUGGAGGGACUUUCUCCUGCUCUACCCACACGAGGCCACCCUCGAGAACAUCUACCGGUACUGGGAGCGCGUAUACCUGGUCGACAUAGGUGAGCAGGCUGUGAUGAUCCCCGAGGGCAUCAGCAGUCCCGUCCACGCCACAAAGUACCUAAUCGCCGGAGGAGUCGCCGGAGCCGCCUCCCGCACAGCCACUGCCCCUCUCGACCGCCUGAAAGUAAUCCUUCAGGUCCAGACCACCCAUGCCUCCAUCGGGCCUGCAGUCCGGAACAUAUGGAAAGAAGGUGGGCUCUUGGGCUUUUUCCGGGGGAACGGUCUGAACGCGCUCAAGGUAGCCCCCGAGAGCGCCAUCAAGUUCUACACAUACGAGCUGUUGAAAGGUUUUAUUGGAGAUAGCGGUGGUGGGGACGUGGGGACUGUGGGGCGCCUCGUGUCGGGCGGGUUGGCCGGGGCUGUGGCUCAGACCUCGAUUUAUCCUAUGGAUCUCGUGAAAACUCGAUUGCAGACGUAUGUAUGUGAGAGCGGAAGUGUGCCGAGCUUGAGGAAACUGUCAAGGGAUAUAUGGGUUCAAGAGGGGCCUCGGGCGUUUUACAGGGGGCUGGUGCCGUCACUUAUUGGGAUCAUACCUUACGCGGGCAUUGAUUUGACUGCGUAUGAGACCUUGAAGGAUAUGUCCAGAAAAUAUAUUCUUCAUGAUAGGGAACCCGGUCCUGUCGUGCAGUUAAGUUGUGGGACAAUUUCAGGAUCUCUUGGCGCAACAUGUGUGUACCCACUGCAGGUGGUAAGAACUAGAAUGCAAGCUCAACGUAGUGGUACAGGCACUUCCUACAACAGCAUGUCGGAUGUAUUCUGGAGAACAUAUAAUCACGAAGGUCUCCGGGGUUUCUACAAAGGGCUCUUCCCGAAUCUUCUCAAAGUAGUACCUGCAGCAAGCAUUACAUAUUUGGUUUAUGAGGCCAUGAAAAAGAGUCUGGAUCUUGACUAG